AAAAAAAGAAAAUAGAAAGAAGAGCAAUACAAUACAAGUGUCGUUUCUAUUACAUGCCUUAAAACACAGGUCUUCUUGUUUACCUCUCUCUCCCGAAGAAUCAACCAAUACGCUAAUUCGUUGGCAAAAAAUCGAGCAUUAAUCAGGGACGAUGGAUAGCUUAGAUCCAGCAAAGGUAAAGAAAAUCACAUGGAAAAGAAGCAAAACGCAAGUCGAAAAUGCGAAUCACGAGGCGGCGGCAGGUGAGAAAAGGGCUCGUUGCGAUGAUUCUCUACAGGUGUCCACACCUCCGAUAGCAUGCAACCUCGCGCAGUCGUACGUGAUGCCCAUGCUACCCAUGCCGAAAAUGGACGAGUGGUGUUUGAAGAAAUCUAUUUGCUUCGGUGGGACUGCGUGUAGAGGAGUAACCGGGCCCCCCGUAGGAGUUGUCGAUAUUGGCGUUAGCAAAAACGCGUAUUAUUUUUGCAUUGCUCUACCUGGAGUCAAGAAAGAUCCCGGUGAAUUCAGCUGUGAAAUACGAAGGGAGGGGAAGGUGUAUAUCCAAGGUGUGACAACGACAGGUGGCAAUACGGUGUCGAAAUACUCUCGAGUAUUUGUAAUGAAAAUGCAGCAGCAAUGUCCACCUGGACCAUUCACACUCUUGUUCAGCUUGCCGGGCCCCGUUGAUCCUAGGUUGUUUUCUCCCACCUUCAGAUCCGACGGUAUUUUUGAAGGCGUCGUUGCUAAAUACGAUCACUAGUUCCGUUUCGUGUGUGGGGAAUAUGUACAUAAUCGAUCAGCUUGCUUGCGUGCGCACGUAUUUUGUCAUUACUUAGCUAGCUCGUUUUUUAUUUUCACGUAAUUUUCACAGAUGAAACGUAUGCUUUUUUUUGAAAUCGUAGCUAGCUAGAAUUUUGACAAUGUACUUCAAAGACAUAAAUGUAACCUCCUUAAUUCAGUCUAAAUCUAAUUUUGUUAAAUUAA